AUGCCAACCUUACCUGAAGACAAGGGACAAGCAAAAGAGGCCCAGCACAGCAGUUCUCCUCCAGCCAAAGACACAGCUGUUGAAGGGACAACAUGCAGCACACCUUCUAUUGUUCUUCCAGAGAAUGCUGUUACAUCAGAUGUAGAAAUUGAUAAAAAUCUGGUUAACAGGCCUCGGAGUCCUCAUAGGAGACAUUCCAACCGUGCCACCAGGAAUUCAACAAGUUCACUGACUUCUGUUGACAAUAGUGGUCAUGUGAUUGAUCUGGUGAAUGAUCCACUACCAGAUGUCAAAAUAUCAGAAGAAGACAAAAAGAAGAACCUUGAAUUGUUAGAAGAAGCAAAAAAAGUGAGUGAGAGGUUUCUAACACGCAGAGGCAGAAAGUCAAGAAGCAGCCUCUCAGAAUCACCCACAGUUUCCCCUACUCUUAGUUCCAAAGUUUCACCUGUAGCAUCUUGGAACAGCUCUCUCACUCUUCCACUUGCAUCAGGGUCUGAUGCAUGCACAACCACUAAUAUUGAGUCAGUAUCUCCAGGGCAGAAUAACAGAAUUGUGAAAGAGGAUGACAGGCAAACUGCAGAGAAUGCUGCAAAAGGAUUAAUUGAUCGAAGGCAGAAUGAUCAAAGAAAGAUUUCUCAGGGAAGGUUGGUUCCUCGUUCUCCUAGCUUUGAAAACUCCAAAGAGAAGCUCUCUGACCAAAAGGAAAACUUUGAUCCACGUAAACAUAUGGAUACUUUACCUAAAUUCUCCCCUUCAGCUGGUGAUGGUGGCAGAAUGUCUCUUAAUACUUGCAUGAAUGUUUGUGAAAAUGAACUUGGAAAAUCAUUCCUCAAGAAAGGGAAAGAAAAUGAUGUUCCUUUAAGAACCCAUCUACCAGGACCAGGAAUAGGAAAUAUGGACUCAAAGCUAAAAAUUCCUGUUCCAGAAAUGAGGGACCAUAAAGUUCCAUGUAAACCAGAAUUUAAACUGUGUGGACUACGUCCUCCUCUAUUACGGGCUGUGUCCUGGGAUAGCUUGGAGCCUGGACAGAAAGAGAAAAGCCCUUUAAAAUUACCAUGUGAGGAAGAUAAAAGCUUUGUUGGUAAUAAAUCCAGCAAUCAGUUAAAAGCAUUCAAAGACCUUCAAAUCCAAGUUCAGCCAGUUCGAAUGCAGAAGCUGACAAAGCUCAGAGAGGAGCAUAUUUUGAUGAGAAAUCAAAAUUUAGUUGGACUUAAACUUCCUGAACUUAGUGAAGCAGCAGAACAGGAAAAAGGCCCUUCACCUCUCCCUUCCCCCACUGAAGAGGAAGAGACAAAGAACAGCUCUGAUGUCAUGCCCAGCAUUCCUGAUGUAUUGCUGCGAAAACUGCGAGUGCACAAAUCACUUCCAGGAAGCUCCCCACCACUCACUGAAAAAGAAGUUGAAAAUGUAUUUGUACAACUCUCCUUGGCCUUUAGAAAUGAUAGUUAUACAUUGGAAUCUAGAAUUCAGCAGGCAGAGAGAGAGAGAAACCUUACAGAAGAGAAUGCUGAGAAGGAACUGGAAAACUUUAAAGCAGCCAUUACGUCUUCAGCUCACCUGUGGCACCACUAUGAGCACAGGGAAGCCUACCAGAAGCUGCUGGAGGACAUCGCGGUGCUGCGGCGUUUGGCUGCCAGGCUCUCGAGCCGUGCCGAGAUGGUCGGAGCCGUUCGCCAGGAGAAGCGUAUGUCAAAGGCAACUGAAGUAAUGAUGCAGUAUGUGGAAAACCUGAAAAGGACAUAUGAAAAGGAUCAUGCUGAACUAAUGGAGUUCAAGAAACUUGCCAAUCAGAAUUCUAGCAGAAGCUAUGGUGCAUCUGAAGAUGGGGUUCCUCGUUCAUCUAGAUCCAUGUCUCUCACUGUUGGAAAGAAUAUGCCUCGGAGGAGAGUCAGUGUUGCAGUUGUUCCUAAAUUUAACUCCUUGAACAUUCCUGGUCAGUCACCAACAGCUUCACCUAUACCUUCAAUGCCAUCCCUGUCUGAAUCACCCAGUAAUGGAAGGAGCAGCCUAACAUCUACUCCUGCUCUGCCAGCACUUCCAGAAAAUGGGAAGUCAAAUGGAGAGCCUGACUGUGAAACCUCAACUUCUGUCCUGACACAGAGUGGGCUGGAAGAAAUCAGUCCUGAAACUAAAGCCAAGAUAGAAGAGGAAGCCUAUAACAAGGGAUAUCAGGAAGCCUUGAAGAAAGCCAAAGAACUUCAGGAACUGAAGGAAGAAGAUGAAGAGACACCCAAAGAAAGUCAUGAUGAACAUGAAGAAAGUGAAAACGAAGAUGAGAUAAAAAAUCUGAAAAGCAGCAGACUUGAAGUCAUCGUUAAUUAUUUAUAUAUCCUGUACCCCAAACUCUGCAAACACUGGAAUGUGGUGUGGCUUGUAGUGGCUGCAAUAGUCAUUUUUGCUGUGGUGUUGGGAAUCUACCAUUCCUACAACUCCUGUGAUGAAAAGUCAGAGGCACCUGAAGGGAAGGCCAGCUGUUCUGCAGCCCAUCAGUAUUCCUUGUGGAACUCAGGAUUCCGACAGGAGCAACACACGGAAUAA